GCGCGAUAGCAUUUUCUCCCGCAGGACGAGUCUGGAUUCCCAGUUUUAGGUGGUGGUGCUAACAUUACCUAUUCGGACGAAUGGCACAGAAGCCGCUACGCGUCUUGGCUUGUGGAGAUGUUGAAGGAAAGUUUGAUGUUUUAUUCAAUAGAGUUCAAGCAAUUCAGAAGAAAAGUGGAAACUUUGAUCUGCUGUUGUGUGUAGGAAAUUUCUUUGGCUCCACUUCAGAUUCUGAAUGGGAGGAGUAUAAGACUGGCGUCAAGAAAGCGCCUAUUCAGACGUAUGUGCUUGGUGCCAAUAACCAGGAAACAGUAAAAUAUUUUCAAGAUGCUGAUGGGUGUGAAUUAGCUGAAAACAUUACUUAUCUGGGUCGUAAAGGUAUCUUCACUGGAAGCUCGGGGCUACAGAUUGUGUACCUCAGUGGGACAGAGUCCUUACAUGAGCCAGUCCCAGGUUACAGUUUUAGUCUCAAGGAUGUGUCUUUCCUGAGAACAAUGCUGUGUUCAACCCCCCAGUUUAAGGGUGUUGAUAUUUUGCUCACGUCCCCGUGGCCCAAGUAUGUGGGGAACUUUGGGAAUUCUUCUGGAGACGUGGAUACCAAAAAAUGUGGUUCUUCUUUGAUCUCCACUCUUGUUGCUGGCUUGAAACCAAGAUAUCAUUUUGCUGCUUUGGAAAAGAGCUAUUAUGAGAGGCUUCCAUAUCGAAACCACAUUGUCCUACAGGAAAAUGCACAGCAUGCCACUCGGUUCAUAGCUCUGGCAAAUGUUGGAAAUUCAGAAAAGAAAAAGUAUCUUUAUGCCUUCAGUAUUGUUCCCAUGAAACUAAUGGAUGUAGCAGAACUGGUAAAACAGCCUCCAGAUGUCACUGAAAAUCCUUACAGAAGAUCUGGGCAAGAAGCAUCUGUAGGAAAGCAAAUUCCUGCUCUUGAGGAAGAAUCAGCCUGUCAGUUUUUCUUUGACUUAAAUGAAAAGCAAGGAAGGAAGCGUCCAUCCACAGGCAGAGACAGCAAAUCUCCGCACCCAAAGCAGCCUCGCAAACCUCCUCAGCCUCCGGGACCAUGUUGGUUUUGCCUUGCCAGCCCUGAAGUGGAAAAGCAUUUGGUGGUCAAUGUUGGGACACAUUGCUACCUUGCUCUGGCCAAAGGAGGCUUAUCCAAUGACCAUGUCCUCAUCUUGCCCAUCGGACACUAUCAGUCAGUGGUGGAGCUUUCAGCAGAGGUGGUGGAAGAGGUGGAAAAGUAUAAGGCUACACUGAGAAGGUUCUUUAAGAGUCGAGGGAAACGGUGUGUCCUAUUUGAGAGAAAUUAUAAGAGCCAUCACCUCCAGCUACAGGUCAUUCCCGUGCCACUCGCCUGCUGCACCACUGAGGACAUUAAAGAUGCCUUCAUAACCCAGGCACAGGAGCAACAGAUAGAACUGUUAGAAAUCCCAGAGCACUCUGACAUCAAGCAGAGAGGAAGGAGGUUGGGGCUGUUACUGUCCAUUUUGACUUUUUUGUGCUCUUUCUGUAGGGAGGUCCUGGCCAGUGAAGCCAUCCUUAAUAUUCCUGACAAGGCAGACUGGAGACAAUGUCAGAUGAGCAAGGAAGAUGAAGAGACCUUGGCUCGCUGCUUCCGAAAAGACUUUGAGCCCUUUGACUUCACUCUGGAUGACUGAGCAAAAGGAAAGACGCUUUUUGAACUUCACCGGAAGUUUUAGAAGUUUAUUUUUAAAGAAACCACAGUCUCCAAUGGGGACUGUUUCCCUAUCUCUUUUUUAGGCAUUCCCAUGGAAUUGCCUGCAAUAAGAGGCCUAGAAUUUUUUAGGAGGAAAAGUCCAUUCUAAGAUGAAAAUCCUAUGUUAAAAGCAUGUCUUUUAUCCAGCUGAAGCACAGCUUAUAUUUACCAACAUUUUCAAAAAUCUC